GUAACGGAUGCCCACGGAAGCAUCGGAUGCAUCGUCCUCUAUUCAAAUUACUCUCCUUGUAACGAGGCUUACCACUGCUGCGUGAGUAAAAUCUACAAUUUCUUGCUGAAGUAUCCGGGAAUCACGCUCUGCCUCUGUUUCUCUCAGCUUUAUCACGCUGAGGACAGUUUCCCCACGGCCGCGUGGAACCGGGAAGCUUUGCGGAGCCUCUCCCGUGGCCUGUGGCCCCGGGUGACUCUGCAGAGGCUGCCUGGGGAGGCAUGGCCUUACCUCCUCUGCAAUUUCGUGUACGGCACCCCAGGGUCAACCCUGUACCACUCAACUUCACUGUCAAGAACCUUAGCAGAUCGACAAAAUCCACAUCAAAUUAACGACUUAACAGGAACAGAACUGUAUUUUAGGAAAGCCUUUCCACAAGCAACGCAGGGAAAACCUGCUGAGCAGCAGAACUUAAAGGCCUUUUCUUCUUCUAGCCUAGCUUCCCAACAGCCUUUCCAAGCGAGGAAAGGCAGUCUGCUAUCUCCAGCAUCUCAAAGC